AGAAGCGAUGCCCUCCUGUUGUCCACUGCAGAAAGAAGAAGCGGAAACCAGAAUGCAACACCUGCUGCACACCUUGCAUGCCCAUGUGCGCUGCUCCGUGUCCGCAGAGCACGACCACCAUGGCGCCCGUUACCACCACCGACUACUUGUAUGUGUAUGUCGGCGUGCCCAAGGGCUUGAUCAACUAAGGAAAGAAGCUAGCACGAAUGGCACAUCGAAAGUAAGCUUAAAUUCCGGAGGUGUAACGGGUCCACAGAUCAUCAUGAAAUUGUUUUUGACGUACGCGAUCCAACUAAUGAAAUGGCACUAAUGGCAGC